CCACAACACCCACCCCACCACAGCCCACGCGGCGCAUUUCCUUCCAAUUCGUUCUUUGCAUUACCGCAAUCGCGCAAAAAGCGCAAAACAACGCGCAAUGGCAGAUAUUAUCGAACGCGACGACGCCACAGUCAUCCCGGCGCGUAGGCCGCGGCGGUCGCGCCUUCCUGCGCCUCUGCGAGUGCCCAUCCUCGUAGUGCUCAAUCUGGGCAUCAACACACUAUUGUGGCAGACUGCAGCAAACUUUCUACCACCUGAGCUUGGUUACGUCAGCAAGGUACCCGCCGACGACGAUGUCUACAGCCUGUACAGCCCGGUCGCGCGCCUCAUGACAAAGAUCUUGACCAUCUAUGCCACCUGGGCGGUCGGGUACGACUUCUACGAUGUUUCGGCCUUGACACUCCUCACCAACGCGCCCUACGCGUAUCUCUUGUCCACCUACUACCAGAUCUCCACCCUCACGGUCGCAGCGCACAUGAUCAUCGAGAUCCUCUCGAUUGCCAUCCCCACCUACCUUCUGCGCCCCAGGGCACCCGCCCACCGCGCCAGCGUACCCCUGCGGAACCGCUUCCUGCUGAACAGCGUGCAAGUCCAGUUCUCCAACGCGCUCCUCGCCAUCUGCGUCUAUGUCGUUGUGAUCUGGGGCGGGCUCAAGACCGGCUGGAUGAACUACUUCCUGAUCACCUACUUCGACAUCCCCACGCUCGAAGCCGCACACCUCGAAACCCCGGUCAGCGUCGCAGCCAAAAUCUUCACCGCGGGUUUCGCGGCUAAGGAGUUCCUUCUUAACCCUUCGAUCGCCGCGCAGGUGCAGCCUGGUCAGGCGACGCCGGUGGCCAACUUCGAUGCGAGUACCGCGGAUCUGCAGGCUACGCUGAAGCACAACUUUUGGUACUUUGGUCGCCGCACCAGGACACUCAUUCAGCAGACGUGGAUUUUGAGCUUCUUCCUGGUUGCUAAUACAGUGCAGCGCUGCAUGACGCUCAACGGUGCUGAGUUCAACGGCGCUGCGGGUUACGCUGGUAUCUGGGCUGUCGCGAACGUCAUCAUCGCCACGUGGUACGCAUGGGUUGGUGACACCAGCACUGACUACGUUGUCAACUAAGCGACGUCGAUUUUUGGAGAUACACGGAUAGAAGAAGAGAAGAGAGGAAAGAGGAGAGAGAAGAGGCAGACAGCAGUGGACUUGCUUGUCAGGCAAUAGGACGGCAUUGGCGACAUGGCCGAUUGUAAGGCGCAGAGCGCAAGCGGAACCGCACUUUUUCGUAUUGCUCUGUAACGGCUCGAGCUGGUGCGCAAUUGUAGGAGGACAGGUGGAUACCAUUUCCUUGUAUAUCAUUCCCAUAGUUCAAUCCACAUGUUCACAAAC